AUGGUUCCCAAUUAUAAAUGUGACAGGAAGGAUAAACUGCUCUCUGUUAUUGGGGGUCUUGACUCCAAAACCUCAAGAGAGAUCGCUUCCCUCAUGGGCAUCUACAAGAUCCCACAGAUUCUUGCCUCCUUGAAGAAUGUCCGGUUUAACAACAGUGUUGGAGAUGAAGUCUCUUUUUUUGGGAAUGGCAAGAGAUAUGAUAUCCUGAACUGGAUUGUCUUUCCAAAUUUGUCUUUUGCUCCUGUGAAAGUAGGAGAUGUGGAUCUGGAAGCUCCCUCAGGACAAGAGUUCACCAUUCAUACUGAUGCAAUUGUGUGGCCUACACAGCUGAUACCUUCUGCGAGGUGUGUGGAGCACUGCUCUCCAGGGCACAGGAGAAAGGUUGAAGAGGGGAAGCCGGUUUGCUGUUACAUCUGUGAUCCUUGUCCAGAGGGGAUGGUUUCUAACUGGACAGAUGCUGAUCGAUGCAUCCCAUGCCCAAAGGAUCAACAUCCCAACAAGAGCCAGGACCAGUGCAUUCCCAAGAAGAUCCACUUCCUCUUCUAUCAAGAGGCCCUGGGGGUUGUUUUAGCUUCUCUGGCUUUUCUCCUCACCCUGGUCACUUCUCUAAUGCUGGCAAUUAUCAUCAUCCACCAUGACACACCCAUUGUCAAAGCCAACAACCAAGACCUCACCUACAUCCUCCUCAUCUCUCUCUUGCUCUGCUUCCUCUGCUCCUUCCUUUUCAUUGGUCGACCAACAAAGGUUGCAUGUCUUCUCCGACAAGCUGCUUUUGGCAUCACCUUCUCUGUUGUUGUUUCUUCCAUUUUGGCAAAAACUAUCAUGGUGAUCCUGGCUUUCAUGGCCACCAAGCCAGGAAACAUGGCCAGAAAACUCUUGGGGAGACUUCUGACAACCUCCAUUGUGCUGGUCUGUUCCCACAUCCAAGCUGUGAUCUGUGUUGUUUGGUUGGUGACCUCCCCCCCCUUCCCAAACUUGGACUACCAUUCCAUGGCUGGGGAGAUUGUUGUAGAAUGUAAUGAAGGCUCAGUCACGAUGUUUUACAUAGCCUUGUCUUACAUGGGCUUCCUGGCCCUCAGCAGCUUCAUGGUGGCUUUCCAAGCUAGAAAACUGCCUGACAACUUCAAUGAAGCCAAGUUCAUCACCUUCAGCAUGCUGGUCUUCUGCAGUGUUUGGGUCUCCUUUGUGCCCACCUACCUGAGCACGAAGGGGAAAGCCAUGGUGGCCGUGGAGGUCUUCUCCAUCUUGUCUUCUGGGGCUGGUCUUCUGGGGUGCAUCUUUCUCCCUAAAUGUUACAUUAUUGUGCUGAAGCCCAAUCUGAACACUAAAGACCAUCUCAUGAGGAAAAAAAAGUGA